CCGGAAGUCUUUUAUUUUGUCUUCUACACAUGUCCUCAAUGUAUCCGGCUUGACGGAGCGGCAGUCUGUGCGGAAGUGCUUUCAUCCUGCAGGAGAAGAAGAAGAAGAGGCUUCUCCUUCGUCUCAACUGUCCACCUGAACUCAACAAACCUCCGGGGAGAAACCCUCCGAGCCCCCGGGGACAUCCACACACCCGCCGCCGACAGCAGCAGCUCCUCCGCCGGCCUCCGGUACUCACGGGCGAUGGCGAGGCCGAGCCACAGCGAUCAUGUCCUCCAGCAGCUCAACAAUCAGCGGGAGUGGGGCUUCCUGUGCGACUGCCUCAUCGUCAUCGGGGACAUCUACUUCAGGGCGCACAAGGCCGUCCUGGCGGCCUGCAGCUCCUACUUCAGGAUGAUGUUCAUCCGGGACCAGCAGGGGGCAGGCCGCCUGGACCUCAGCAACAUGCAGAUCAGCGCCGAGUGCUUCGACCUCAUCCUGCAGCUCAUGUACCUCGGACGCAUCGUCGUGGGGAGCUACGAGUUUGAGGAGCUCAAGGCCUCUAUGGCGUACCUGCAGAUGUACUACAUCCCCGACUCGCUGGAGGAUCUGAGAGACAUCAGGAGCUCCAACCUCACCCCGUCCUCCUCUGCCUCCUCCUCGUCCAGUUCCUCCACCGCCACCGCAACUGGGAAGAUGAUGUUUGGAGUGCGCAUGUACGAGCAGCAGCGGCCUGCUGCACCGGAUGUGGACAAUCUACCAAAAGCUGUCAACAGCACUGCUGGGCACCCUGCUGCUCCAGCGGCCGUCAGUAAACCAGCGGUGGCGGAGGACGUGGUGACCACUCCUCUGAUGGUGGCACCACCGCUGGUGGACGGAGCAGCGGAUCAGCCAUGUGACUUGAGAAAGAGGCCCAGCGGCAGGACUUCGGCUCUCAAAGACCGUCCUCGGUUCGGACGCACCUACACCUGCGACGACUGUGGCUUUGUCUUCAGCUGCGAGAAACUUUUAAUCGAACACAUCCUGACCUGCACCAACCGGAAGGCCUUCCACCAGCCGAGAGGCAACGCAGAAGGUGACAAUGACUCCAGUAAGGCUGAGAGCUCUGCCUCCGAGAGCAUCGAGGAGCACAGGGUCAUCUGUAAAGGCGAGGACGACUGGCCCGAAGCCAAGGCCAACUCUGACCUUGCCAUCAGAUCGGUGGCAGCCGGUACAGACGGCGAGCCCGGGUCGACCAGGAGCAUCUCCAUCAAGACAGAACCAGAAGACAGCGUGUUCCCUGAGAUAGAGGUGGUCCGGGUCGGAGAGCACGCCACCAGAGACUGUAGAGCACGGUUCAGUGACACUACGCGCAAAGACUUGUGGAGCGGGAAAACGGCAUCAGACCACGACCCAGAGCCCGGCGUCUCAGGCGUAGAUAACAGCGGUGAGCCUUUUGAAGGCCACAUGUCAAGCAGUGAAGAGUCAGGAAUCCCUGCGAAGCUUCGAAAGGUCAAAGACGAGAAGCAGGACGCCGACUGUGCCCCCUGUGAACUGUGCGGUGCUCUGCUAACGGAGGAGGACAAGUCGGCCCACUAUCUGUCCAACCACAUGGGUCAUAUAUGUGCCUGUGGGAGAUGUGGCCAGGUGCUGAUCAAAGGCCGCCAGCUCCAGGAGCACGCAGAGCGCUGUGGUGAAUCCCAAGGCGGUGACUCGGACUCCCACGGGGAGGAUGAAGCGUCCCUGCUGGAGGAGCCGCAUGGGAUUGAGGAGGGCCUGCUGGAGACGGCCGACCUGGCCUGCCCUCACUGCGGCAUGCUGUUCCAGAACGAGGGCCUGGCGCUGGAGCACGCCUUGUCCUGUCACGACCAGGAACUGUUCCGCCCUGUGCUCCUGGAGGAGGGCGGCGAACCGGAUCACCGCCGCAAACACUUCUGCAGCAUCUGUGGCAAAGGCUUCUAUCAGCGCUGCCACCUGCGGGAGCACUACACCGUCCACACCAAGGAGAAGCAGUUCACCUGUCAGACCUGCGGGAAGCAGUUCCUGCGGGAGCGGCAGCUCAGGCUGCACACCGACAUGCACAAAGGCAUGGCGCGCUACGUGUGCCCGGUCUGCGACCAGGGAACCUUUCUCAAACACGACCACGUCCGACACAUGAUCUCCCACCUGUCAGCUGGGGAAACCAUCUGCCAGGUGUGUUUCCAGAUCUUCCCCGGCGGAGAGCAGCUGGAGAAGCACAUGGACGUCCACCUGUACAUCUGCGGCGUCUGCGGAGAGAAGUUCCGCCUCCGUAAAGACAUGCGGAGCCACUAUAACUCCAAGCACACCAAGAGACUAUAGCUCCGAAACAUCCUCUGCAUUUAUUCUAGUUUGUUACAAAAAAAAAGCCAUAAAUGUGAGAACAAAUGUCUGCACUUGAACACCAAAAAGACAACUUUUAAUCUGCACUUUUAAAGUAUAUGCAUAACCUAAGCGGGCGUUGACACUGCGAGCAGCUGUCGCUCUGUUGUGACUCUGAGCAACAUUCUGCAGCUUCUUCCUUCUUUACAAGACAGAAAGCUUCACGUAUUCACAGCUUACAACCAGGACUUCACUAGGAUGUAUUAACAUCACAUUAACUGGAUGUAUAUUAUUAUUAUUAAUAUUUAUAAAGAAGCUGGGAUUUUAUAUAACAGAUCAGACGUCCGUCUUUAGUCCAAAGAAAUAAAUCUUCCUCAUUGGAGUGUGAACCAAAUGGUUAACGAUUGAUGUUCUGUAACUGAUCUGUUCAAAGUGUUUUCCACUAGAAAUGACCAAAGUGAAGUUUGCAGAUGGAAAUCAUCUCCAGCUUCUCGUCUCCGGCCCGCAGGUCCACUCAGAAACACACGAUAACUAGUGUGAGGAGCGCAGGCGGCGUGCAGUGGAGCCAUGUGUCCCUCAUCGUUCCUGAGGACUCUAAAGCUCAGAGGUUUCCAUCUUCAGCGAGCUGUGAAAAUAUUGUUAUAUAUUAUAUUUCUGGACCUUUGUUUUGUGGGUUUAGUGGCCGACCGACAGGCACUGAGCUCCUCAUGUCGUGUAAACAGCGUUCUGACUUCAUCAGCACUAAUACUACAGCAACCUUUUCUAGACGUACGUCACGGGGGUUUUACGUUACUCACAGUUUGCACAUCUGCAGGAAUAUUAAUAAUAUUAAUAAUAUGUUCAUUAUCAUGUGAACAGCUGAGUGGGAUUGUGUGCUUGGUGCCUUCACUGUAGCUGCCGACCAUGCGUGGCUUCACGGUGAUGCUUGCUGGGGGAUGGACAGGCAACAUGUGGAAUACUCUCCUGCAAAUAUUAUAUGACUAGGGCUUUUAUUGUGAAAGGUAAGAAGGAAGUAGUGGAUCUGGUAUGCGCUGCAUAAAUAAAAUCUAAUAAAUAUCAGUUAACAGAUAUCGAUCUAAGGAGAUGGUAUGUUUUAUACAUUUUGUUUAUUAUUAGUUUUAAUGUCUGCUCACGUUUUCACUCCUUUGUUACGUUGUUUACACUUUAAUUGUACUUCCGGGUCAUUUUGAAGAUUUUUUUUACCAAGUUGCUGGUGUGCGAUUUAUUUUUUUUAAAAUAAACAACAAUUCAGUAGA